UCUUCAGUUUCUCUUCAUUUCUCCAACGAAGUAUGGAUGUCCUGUCGCGUCACAUGGUGCGUUUUCGGCGGGCGCUGCGCGUGGGUCUCCUGUUGAUCCUUUCGCACGGAGCACGCUUUGACUGGACAUUUCUGGGCCCAUUUGGAGACCUGAGGAAUCGCAGGCAUCUCCUCAGCUCCGGCCUUUUCCACACCGGCGCCCUCGUCCUCUCCGGAGAAACGGCUGCCGCCGAAACGCCUGUGGCGGGGCCCACGUACCGGACGCUGCGGGCGCCACCCGAGAUCCCAGUGGCCACAGCGGUGAUUUUGCUGCGGACCACGCAGGAGGCGGAGCGUUGGAGGGCGGAAGGACCGCGAAAACAGUGCAAUUCUGAGGUUUUUCCUGCUACUCAUGGAUCCAUUUGUUUGCUUAAUUAAGGUGCAUUGUAGUUGUACUGGUAUCAGAAGACGCACCUUAGGCUGAGAAUGGCCAGAAGGACCUUAGUGCAGGUCGGCUGCCCAAACUUGGACGAAAUGUGCAGUGAAGCAACCCUUUUCCAGGCGGCGCUGGAUUGGGGUGGCCCCUUCAGCAAACCUGGUUUAUACCAAACCAGCUUCAACAAGAAACGCAGUGAAGGAUUUCCUGCGUUCAAGGAGCGCUAUGCCACCUAUGACUUGUCUGCACUUUUGAACCAGACACAGCUGCUGGCCAAAGAUCCGCGCACCAAUCGUUUGUAUUUCUCCUUUUUGAACGAGGUCCAGUUUCGCACUCUGCAGGAUGGCAUCAAACGCCGUGGAGAGCAAGAACGGUUCGGCUUGAAUGUGGGAAAUCGUCUCUAUCGGAAGAUCUUGCAGGGCGAUGAAGUAGGACCUCGACUGGUCAAAGGCGAUACGUAUGAUCCGAAGGCUCCCGUGGACAUGUCAUCACCACUCUCAGGUCGUUGGCCUUCCUUAUCGCCUCCUUUACCCAAAGGUGGCUCUUCAGUCGAUCUGGCUAAGGGCAGUCAACGACUUUUGGACUAUUUGCGACGAGAAGGAUACUGUAAGGAUUUCACCCUUUCCAGCUUCAAGCUGAAAGAUGCUGGGAAACUCAGCUUCGAAAGCUUUGUCGAGGAGCCCAUCAACCUGGAAGCCACCUCAACUCUGAUGCGAAGCCGUGGAUUUCCUCCGCGCUACGACCAACGAAUCCUGCAAGCCUUUUUCGCCGACCGUGGCUUUGAUAGCGAGCUGGACGAUGAGCUCAGUGAUGCCAAGUCUGCAAUGAAAGGUGUUCGCACCAAAUGGCUGCUGACGCCUGAUCCUGAUGCAAGUCUUGAAUAGUUGGAAGACUGUAUAGAGGACUAAGUGAUCCGACAACCUUGAGGUCA